AUGCCCUCCACUUUCCAGCUGUCAGCCUGGGAGCCUGCUAUACCUGUCACAGUUGCAGACGGCCACACUCUCGACGAAAAGAAGCUGCUUGGAUUUCCAGCGUUCAAGAACUGGUUGGAAACACUCAAAAAGAAUCUUAAGGUGCAAACAACUUCUGGACACACGUUUGAGAAGGACCCAUGGCGCCUUGAGGGCGUGAAUAUACACAGCGUCACCGUCUUUGCGAACGGCAAGAUAGGCUUCAUGACGAUUGAAGCCUUGAUGAAGAGUGGUGAUACAGUUCUGGAACGGGUCAUCUUCUUGCGCGGUGGAAGUGUAGCUGUUCUGAUGAUACUACGACCGAAAGACAAUAGGAACGAGCGAUAUGUCAUUCUCACAGAGCAACCACGAAUCGGCGCAUGUAGCACUGCUUUUCUUGAGAUCCCUGCAGGAAUGCUAGACGACAAGUCUGGCGAUGUGAUUGGGAAAGCGAUGGAGGAAAUCCAAGAAGAGACGAGCCUGCAGGUCAAGGGAGAGGAGUUGAUCGACCUGACCGCAAUGGCUCUUGAGCAGGCUCAAACAAAGGAGCAUCUCCAGCCAGCUUUGUAUAUGAGCCCUGCAAAUCUCGAUGAGUACAUCCCGCUGCUAUUGUGGGAGAAAGAUCUGGACCGGAAGGAGAUCGAGGCUCUAAAGGGCAAAUUGACGGGCGAACGCGCGAAGGACGAGUUGAUCACUUUGCGCGUCCGCGAUUACGAAGUGCUCUGGAAAGAAGGCGCAAGAGAUGCUAAGACGCUGUGUGCCUGGGCGCUGUACGAAGGACUGAAUAGGGCUGGUAAAAUUGAGGAGCGGUUACAGCAAAUUCGAAUAGGUCGAACACAAGGAUGA